GUCUGUGUGCAAAGUUUAUGUCUCAAUUUCGAUUGAUCUCAAUUAUGAGAUGAAGUUUCGUUUAUUAUGAAAUCCGCUCUUAAUUGAACCAAUAUACCUUCCAACUCACCUGUCCGUGCAGUUAUUGUUUUGUUGUUAUGAAAACUCGGCUGUAAGCAAGUUUACCGAAUUGGCUAUCAUUUAGUCAAGAAGUGUGGAUCAAAGUGGGCAUAACAAACUUACCAAGCCACCAACUAUUAUUUUGCAAUUUAUCCGAAAAAAUAAAAAAAAACUGAACAAAAAUGAAACUAAUUACCAGCUGUGUUCUCUUGGUGUUGCUUUUCCAAUGCCAUACAUCGGAUGCCUUUGUUUAUCGUUUGAUUUCCGAUUUAUUAUCCAAUAACGUUGCCGGUGCCCCAGUAUUGCAUGAGAGAACCGAUUGGAAUUUUGAUCCAGAGGCUGCCAGGAACUCUCGAGCCAUAUAUUAUGAGACACAUGGUUUUCGUGGUGAAAAAUUCAUCGAACGCAUUGGUGUUGGUGAAGAUGGCAAGCAGGAUGAGAGGCGCGCCGAGCAGCAACAACGGGAUUUUGGUCGUUUGAAUGGUGAACAUUGGAUAAAUUAUCCAGGACCUAAGAGAUAAUUCACACAAAACACAUACCCAAGGCCUCUAUUGCCUUUGUUUAGUAUAGCUUAAUAAAUAUUUGUUAUAUUGUUUUAUUGUUAAGUCGUUGUCUAACAUGAUAUGUUAUAUUACAUCAUCACAGCACAAUCCUUAUUUACACGUCAUUACAUGAUUUCUUCUAUUUUCGAUGUUAAACAAUACAUCUAUGUACACAUGAUUUAAUAAUUGUUCUAUAAAAUUAAAUACACUUAUUUGCCA